AUGUUAGAAUUUCCAUAUUGUAACAACUCGUCCAGUAGGAGUGACGGGCUGGACGAGUUAUUAAAUGCACGGAUACUGCAGCAUGCAGCUACCACGAGCAGACCAAAUAGUAGGGCUGGGUCUUUGUCUUUACAUAGAAGAAGUUCAGUAAGGGAUCAUAGAGCGAUGAAAAGGAAAUGGAGAAGCACGCAUGGCACUACUGGAGAGUUUGCAUUAGGGUUUGACAUCGUGCAUUGUGACGGUGGUAAUUUCAGUUCAAAGAAGAGUAGCAAUGUUAAUAUCUUGCUCAAAUUUUGUGAUCCUAUCCUAGAAGCUAUGGAUUCAGCAUUCGUACUUUCAAAAAUCAUCAUAAAAGCUCCUACACAUGGUUUUACCGCUCCAUGCAAAGAGGGGUUAAUUUUUGUCUCUCAUGAACCUAUAUCUCUUGAAGCCACCUCAAAAUAUGAUGACUUUACUGAAGCGGAUUACCAAGCAUUAUUGGAAAGCAAUGAAAAUGGCAGUAUAGAUGAUUCUUGGCCUGCAGCGUAUUUCCGAUUAGACUCUAUUACAAAUAUGACAACUCAAGUCUUGCACCCGAAUCGAUCAGGUAAAUUCAUAUCAGUGAAGUUACUUCGAGCAGAAGGUGAUGCAGACAAUAUUGAUCUUCAAUACCUUGGUUUAAUUGGAUUCACUGGACCAAGAUCAUUUGAUGCUGGUUCGUUGAGAUAG